UGGCGGGGCACAGACGAGGCGUCGAGCCAGCGAGCACAACCAGCCAGCAGCCAGCAUAGCUACGAGCAUCGAUUGAUUGAUUCCGAGCCAAAAUGUCGCUUCGGAUCCUCCUCAUCGGAAACGGCGGGCGCGAGCACGCGCUCGCAUGGAAGCUGGGGCAGUCGCCCAACGUCGAAUGCAUCAUUGUGGUGCCUGGCAACGGCGGCACUGCAGCCCUCCCCAAAGCUACCAACAACAGCGCCGUCGCCGCUGACGACUAUCCCGCUCUCGUCCAGCUCGCCCUGAAGGAGCGCAUCAACCUCGUCGUCCCUGGCCCGGAGGCGCCCCUUGUCGACGGCAUCGAGGGCUUCUUCCGCGAUGCCAGAAUCCCCUGCUUCGGCCCCUCCAAAGAGGCCGCCCGCAUGGAGGGCAGCAAGACCUUCUCCAAGGACUUCAUGAAAAAGCACUCCAUCCCCACCGCCACCUUCGAGAACUUCUCCGACUACGAGCAGGCCAGCCAGUACCUCAAGACCAUCAGCCACAAUGUCGUCAUCAAGGCCACCGGGCUGGCUGCCGGCAAGGGUGUCAUCAUCCCGCAGUCGCUCGACGAGGCCCAGCAGGCCCUCAAGGAUAUCAUGCUGGACAAGGCCUUCGGCCAUGCUGGCGACGAGGUCGUCAUCGAGGAGUUUCUGACGGGCGACGAGCUCAGCAUCCUGUCCUUCUGCGAUGGCACCACCAUCCGGUCCCUCCCUGCUGCCCAGGACCACAAGCGCAUCGGUGACGGCGACACAGGCCUUAACACGGGUGGUAUGGGCUGCUACGCGCCGACCAAGAUUGCCACGCCCGCCUUGAUUGCCCAGAUCGAGCGCGAGAUUCUGCAGCCCACUAUCGACGGCAUGCGCAGUGACGGCUUUCCUUUCCGAGGCUGCCUCUUUACGGGGCUCAUGAUCACUCCCGACGGCCCCAGGUGCCUCGAGUAUAAUGUCCGAUUUGGCGACCCGGAGACGCAGACGGUGCUUCCCCUUCUCGUGUCGGAUCUGGCAGACAUCAUGUUGGCCUGCGUCAGCGCCAGCCCGCUGCUCAAGUACGUCCCAUUCAAGCUUCAACAACGCUUCAGCGCCACCGUGGUCGUCUCCGCACCAGGAUAUCCCAGCUCGUACCCCAAGAACAUACUGAUGCAGGUAGCGCUGCCUCCCUCGGGCACCACCAUCUUCCACGCUGGAACCAAGCUGUCCGGCGACUCGCUGCUGUCGGCGGGUGGGCGAGUAAUCGCAGCAAAUGCCGUCGGCGAGACUCUGAGGGCGGCUGUUGACAAGGCCUAUGAGGGUGUCAAGCUCAUCCAGUUCGAGGGGAUGCACUACCGCAAGGACAUUGCCUACCGUGCUUUCCGCGACGACAAGGCUGCCGACAAGCUGACAUAUGCUCAGUCUGGAGUGAGCAUUGACGCUGGCAACGACCUCGUCAACCGAAUCAAGGCUGCCGUCUCCACCACACGCCGACCUGGUGCCGAUGCCGAGAUCGGCGGCUUCGGAGGCGAAGUCGACCUAUCGCAGGCUGGCUACCCCGGUGCCCCAAUCGUGGUUGGAGCCAUCGACGGUGUUGGCACCAAGCUCAUCAUCGCCCAGAAGAUGAACAAGCAUGACACUGUAGGAAUUGACCUCGUCGCUAUGAAUGUCAACGACCUGGUAGUCCAGGGAGCUGAGCCCAUCAUGUUCUUGGACUACUAUGGGUGCAGCAAACUCGACGUCUCUGCCGCCGCUUCCUUUGUUGAGGGGGUAGCCAAGGGCUGUAUCGAUGCCGGCUGCGCCCUAGUUGGUGGAGAGACGGCUGAGAUGCCCGACCUGUACACUGGUGAUGACUACGACGCAGCAGGUGCAGCAAUUGGCAUCAUGAGGUCGAGCCAGCGGCUGCCGAGGAAAGAGGCCAUGGUUAGCGGCGAUGUUCUCGUUGCUCUUGCUUCGUCUGGCGUCCACUCAAAUGGCUUCUCUCUCGUCCGACGAGUUGUUGAGAAGCGCGGCCUGUCCUACACGGACGAUGCGCCGUGGGAUACCGGCUCGGGAGUCUCUGUGGGCCAGAGCCUGCUAACCCCCACCAGGAUCUACGUCAAGCCCAUUCUAAAAGUCUUGGCCGAGUGUGCCGGCGCCAUCAAGGGCAUGGCACACAUCACCGGCGGCGGCCUCACCGAGAACGUGCCGCGUAUGCUUCCAUCCCAACUCGCUGCCGAGAUUGACGUGGCCGCCUGGGAGGUGCCCCCAGUCUUCAAGUGGCUGAGAGAGUCGGUUGCGCCCGCCGAGAUGGCGCGUACCUUCAACAACGGCAUUGGCAUGGUGCUUGCCGUCAGCGCCGAUGGUGCGGCGGGUGUUGUUGUUGGGCUUGAGGCCGCCGGUGAGAAGGUCUAUACCAUUGGCCACCUGGUCCCCAGAGAGUCGGGCAACAACGGCUGUGUGUUGCAGAACCUCGACACGUGGGCAGCUUAGCUUGACGAUUGGCAGCCGGACAGGUGGAUACCGUUGUGUACAUGUUUUAGCCGCCGGAGUGGGAAAGGGGUUAGAGUUUGCUUGGCAGCUGAGUCCCGGGUUUCGAAGUCAUCAAGAUAUCCCGUCCGGACAGUAGUUUGGGGGUGCUCACUCUCGUUGUCCUAUGGCUCACUAGGAA